AUGUCAUUCAGAAGCAUAGCACGGGACAUAAGGGACAGUUUUGGAAGCUUAUCACGCCGGAGUUUUGAUGUGAGGCUCACGGGCCACCACAGAGGGAAAUCACAAGGCUCCCUCCAAGACUUGAACGAUCAGUCUGUCGUGAUUCAGAACAGCCACUGGGCUAAUCUCCCUCCUGAGCUGCUUUAUGAUGUGAUUAGGAGAUUGGAGGAGAGUGAGAGCAUGUGGCCUGCCCGGAAGCAUGUGGUGGCAUGUGCUGCCGUCUGCCGCUCGUGGAGGAGCAUGUGCAAGGAGAUUGUCAAGUGUCCCGAAUUUUGCGGGAAGCUUACCUUUCCCGUAUCUUUAAAACAGCCGGGGUCCCGUGAUGGGUCCAUCCAGUGCUUCAUAAAGAGAGACAAGUCGAAUUUGACAUACUCUCUGUUUUUGUGUCUUAGUCCUGCUUUGCUCGUCGAGAAUGGGAAGUUUCUUCUCUCUGCAAAACGAACUCGUAGGACUACUUGUACCGAGUAUGUCAUCUCCAUGGAUGCCGACCACAUUUCCAGAUCAAGCAGCACUUACAUCGGCAAACUAAGAUCAAACUUCCUAGGCACCAAGUUCGUAAUCUACGACACGCAGCCCCCCAGUUUAUGCUCCCCCGCCCCGCCGCCACCCGGGCGGUCGAGCCGCCGCUUCUCCAAGAAGGUCUCCCCAAAGGUCCCGGCGGGCAGCGGUGGCAACUACAACAUUGCCCAGAUCGCGUACGAGCUCAACAUCCUCGGGACACGGGGCCCGCGCCGCAUGCAUUGUGUCAUGCACUCCAUCCCGGCCUCCUCCCUCGACCCUGGCGGCAUGGUUCCCGGCCGGCCCGAGCUCCUCCCGAGGCCUCUCGAGGACUCAUUCCGCAGCCUCUCCUUCUCCAAGUCGCUCGACCGCUCGACCGAGUUCAGCAGUGCUCGAUUUUCCGAUAUUGGCGGCCCGGAGGAUGACGUGGCCAAGUCCCGACCGUUGGUGCUCAAGAACAAGGCGCCCAGGUGGCACGAGCAGCUGCAGUGCUGGUGCCUAAACUUCCGGGGACGGGUGACGGUUGCGUCCGUGAAGAAUUUCCAGCUGAUUGCCGCCGGUGGCGGUGCUCCGGCAGCGGUGGCCGGGGGAUCGCAGCCGGCUGGAGGACAGCAGCAACAGUCGGAUCACGAUAAGAUUAUUUUGCAGUUCGGUAAGGUUGGGAAGGAUAUGUUCACGAUGGAUUAUAGGUACCCGUUGUCGGCUUUUCAGGCGUUUGCUAUAUGCCUGAGCAGCUUCGACACCAAACUAGCUUGUGAAUAG